AUGAAGGAAGUCAACGAGAAAGAUAUUGCUUUCACCCAGGGCCACCAGCAACCUAAGCCAAAGCUAGGUCUCAGGCGUCAAGUUUCGGAAUGGGAAGCUCUCCAGAUUGUUGCUGCUAGUGAUAUUGAGACAAUCGACAGGGAAGUAGACGAGAUCGAAGCAGACCUGCAGGAAAUGAACAUUCAGUCAACUUGGUUCAAACCACAAUUGAGAUUGAAGGAUCCAAGAUAUUUCACAUGGCUCCUUGUCGGUUUUGCAUCGAUGGGAGGACUUCUCUCUGGUGUCGAUCAAUCCUUGAUCAGCGGUGCAAACCUGUAUAUGCCUAGCUCUUUACAUCUCAAUACGAAGCAAGUUAGUCUAGUCAGUUCUGGUGUCCCAUUGGGGGCGGUUGGCGGUGCCUUGAUGCUGGGACCUUUGAAUGAAGCUGUUGGUCGACGGAUGGCCAUCAUCGUGUCGCUGGUUUUAUACACGGUCGGAGCUGCUCUCGAAGUAGGAGCAAUUAACUUCGGCAUGAUGGUUGCUGGCCGUAUCAUACUUGGUCUGGGCGUCGGUUUGGAGGGCGGAACGGUUCCCGUCUACGUCGCUGAAUCCGUCUCGCGGAAAUCCCGUGGAAACCUCGUCUCUCUUUAUCAGUUCAUGAUCGCCCUUGGAGAGGUUCUUGGCUAUGUCAUUGCAGCCAUUUUCGUCAAUGUCAAGUCGGGGAGCUGGAGAUAUAUGCUUGGUUCUUCGUUGCUCUUUUCUACCGUCAUGUUCGUCGGCAUCUUCUUUAUGCCCGAGUCUCCCCGAUUUCUCAUGCAUAAGGGAAGGACGACUAAAGCAUGGCAUGUGUGGAAGCAGAUCCGUGGCGAGGAGCCCGAAGCUAGAAAGGAAUUCUUCGUCAUGAAGCACUCCGUCGCGGAAGAGUUGGCGGUACAGCAGCAGGGCAAGGCUACAAAGCGCUUCGUGUGGAUGGACUUCUUCACUGUUCCCAGAGCCCGCAGAGCCAUCAUUUAUGCGAACGUGAUGGUUUUUCUUGGGCAGUUCACUGGUAUCAACGCCUUCUCUUUAUCCAACAACGCCAUUCAGUAUUAUAUGGCGACACUUAUGCAACAGGUCGGAUUCGACGACAAGCAGUCGGUUUUCAUGUCCCUUGUCGGCAGUGGAUCGCUGCUGCUCGGCACCAUACCAGCCAUUCUCUACAUGGAAAAGUUCGGUCGCCGAUUCUGGGCUUGUUCAGUGCUUCCAGGGUUCUUCGUCGGCCUUGUGAUUAUCGGAUGCAGCUACCUCAUUCCCUUGUCGAAUAAGGCCGGUUCUCAAGGAACAUACAUCGCUGGCUUGAUCGUCUACGAAGGGUUCUUUGGAAGCUACUCGUGUUUAACAUGGGUCAUCCCUUCUGAAGUUUAUCCCACCUAUCUCCGAUCAUACGGAAUGGAGACCUCCGACACCACGCUCUUCUUCUGUUCCUCCCUCGUCACUUACUUCUUUGCCCAGAUGCAAGACGCAAUGUCACAAAUCGGCCUCACUCUUGGUUUCUACGGUGGAAUCGCAGUACUCGGUUGGUUUUACCAGAUCCUAUUCAUGCCUGAGACGAAGAAUAAGACGUUGGAGGAGAUUGAUAUCAUUUUCAGCCAGCCGACCAGUCAACUAGUCAAAGAGAAUCUGCGCAGUGCAAUGGUGACAGCGAAUGAUUUUGUUUGCUUCAGGUGGGGAAAGGUAUUCUCUCCCGUCUCUGAGAGUGAUAUUUUCAGGAAGGAGAAUGGCCACAAGACUGAAGGUGAGCCGCAGGCUAAUCACGAGGAGUUGCUGAAACCAGAGUCGGAGUAA